AUGAGCACAUACGGCACUCUGCUGAAGGUAACAUCUUUUGGUGAAAGUCAUGGAAAAGCAGUGGGGUGUGUUAUUGAUGGAUUUCUGGCAAACAUCGAAAUAGAUUUUGAAUUAAUUCAAAAACAGUUAAAUAGAAGAAGACCAAAUCAAUCAAAAUUGACAAGUAAUAGAAAUGAAAAUGAUAAAUUGGUCAUCUUAUCAGGAUUUGAUGAAAAUAAAACAUUAGGAACUCCAAUAACUUUUUUAAUAUACAACGAGGAUAUAAAAAAAGAAAAUUAUUCCCCGUUCAUAAAUAUACCAAGACCAGGUCAUGGAGAUUAUACUUAUUUUAUGAAAUAUCAUGUCAAAAAUAAAAGUGGAAGUAGCAGAUUUUCUGGAAGAGAAACAGUAACAAGAGUAGCAGCUGGUGCUUGUAUAGAACAAUGGCUACUAAAUUUUUACAAUUGCAAAAUUGUUUGUUAUGUACAUUCUGUGGGAAAUAUAAAAUUACCUGAUCAUGUCAGCAAAAAAUUGGAAAAAUAUGCUCCUUCCAGAGAUUUAGUUGAUACUUAUGGAUGUGUUAAAUAUAAUGAAAAAAAAAAGAUAUUUAUGGAUUGUUUUAAUAGCAUAUACGAUAUUAAUGGAAUAUUAAUAGAUAAAAAUGUAAAUAAGCAGAAUGCUUUCGAUCAUUUAACACAUUUUGAGAAAAAAAAGGGGCUAGAAGGCAGCUAUUAUGGUAAUAAUGGGAAUAAUAUUAAUAAAUAUAACAAUUAUAAAGACGAUAAUAAUGGUAAUAAUAAUGGCAAUAAUAAUAGCAAUAAUAAUGGCAAUAAUAAUAGCAAUAAUAAUGGCAAUAAUAAUAGCAAUAAUAAUGGAAAUAAUAAUAAUAAUGAUUAUUAUUAUUAUAAUAAUAACAACGAUAGUAACAAUAGCUAUAAUAGAUACAAUAGUAACAGUAGUAACAAUAUCAAUAAUAGCAACUCUGAUGAGCACGAAAACGAGUGGACAGUUUUGCAAACAAGGUGUCCUCAUCCGUACACAGCAGUACAAAUUUCUUCUUAUAUUUUUAAAUUAAAAAGUAAGGGUGAUAGUGUAGGAGGAAUAGCAACGUGCGUUAUUAAAAAUAUUCCUAUUGGCAUUGGAGAGCCAAUUUUUGAUAAAAUAGAAGCUGAGCUAGCUAAAAUAAUUUUAUCCAUUCCAGCAAUAAAAGGUAUUGAAUUUGGCAGCGGUUUUAAUGGCACAUAUAUGCUCGGAUCACAACAUAACGAUUUAUUUAUUCCGCUCGAUGAAAUGGAACAUAGUGAAAAUAACAAAAAUGAGCAAAAUGUAAAAAGUGUACAAUGUGUACAAAAUUAUAAAAAUGAGAAAAAUGACAAAAAUUGCGAAAAUAUUCAAAAGAGCCAAUAUAUUCAAAAUGGCCAAAACGAAACUAAAAAGAAUAUACACAGUAACUUUAAAAAAAGGGAAGAAGAAAGUGAAAAUUAUUGGGAUAAAAAGGAGGAAAUUGUUUUCGAUGAAAAUAAUUUCGAUAGUGCACAUAAAAAUAUCGAAGCCUCGAAUGACGACAGCAAUAUGACCAAUAAACAUAAAUUAUUAAUUACAAAAACGAACAAUUGUGGUGGUAUAUUAGCUGGAAUAACUACAGGAAAUAAUAUUAUUUUCAGAUCAGCAAUAAAGCCAGUCUCUUCAAUACAAAUAGAAAAAGAGACAAGUAAUUUUUAUGGAAAAAUUUGCAAGUUAAGUGUGAAAGGUAUGCAUGAUUGCUGCAUUUUACCCAGAUUACCUCCCAUAAUUGAGUCUUCAUCUUCUAUUGUAAUUGGAGAUAUGAUUUUAAGGCAAAUAGCAAAAUAUGGAGAGAAAAAUUUACCUACAUUAGGCGUUUAUAAGUAA